GAGAAAACCUGUCAUGUGACUUUUGUUUACUUCCGCCCACAGCCUCCACUGCACGUGUAGUGAAAGUGUUUUCAACCUACAGACCAUGGCGGCCCCUGAGGUUAAAUCCUUCAGUCCAGAGGAGGCGCAGCGGAUUAUUUUUCACCUGCAGCAGCCGGCAGUUUUCACCAACAUGAGCGACGGCUGGCCGGCUCUCCGCUGGACUGCAGAGAAGCUUUCUGACUGCCUGCACAAACUCAUCCGAUUCAGACUGGGCAGGAAAGAGGAGACUAACACACCUCUGUUUGAAACCCAGUGUUCCUACGUGGAGGCAACACUGGAGCACUUCCUCCUCUGGACACAGGGCCAGAAGGAGGGCGAUGUUGGGCCUUUCUGUGAAUACCCCAAAUCAGAGUAUUGGGCUUACGCCGACUACAAAUACAUCGCCCUAUUGUUUCAAGACCAGCCGGCCAUGUUUGAGGAUGUAAAGUGGUCCCAGUUUGGUUUUGAGGGGCGUAAUGGGAGGGAGAGCACAUUGUGGAUCGGCUCAGAGGGUGCCAACACGCCAUGCCACCUGGACUCAUACGGCUGCAACCUGGUGCUGCAGGUACAAGGACGUAAGCGCUGGCACCUCUUUCCUCCAGAGGACACCCCCCACCUUUACCCCACCAGGAUCCCCUUUGAGGAGUCCAGCGUCUUCAGCCAGCUGGACGUCCUGCACCCGGACCUCAGGAGGUUCCCAGGGUUUCAUGGAGCCAGAGCCCACAUCGUCACUCUGCAGCCCGGACAGGUGCUUUAUGUCCCCCAACACUGGUGGCACUACGUGGAGUCUUUGGAUCCCAUCACUGUCAGCGUCAACUCCUGGAUCGAGAUGGAGGAGGACGACGUGGCGAGAGUUGGUGAAGCUGUGACCAAGGCUGUCGUCUGUGCUUUCAAACGUGAUGAAAACCCUGAGGACUGGCUCAAUCCCACCGAGGAAGGCGUAGCGUCUCAUGAUGAGAACAUGCAGUGUGUGAACCUGGCAGUGAGAGCUUGUGCUCAAAGACAAAGAGGCUCCUGCCACAGAAACCUGACCCGGGACCCAGGAGACAGCCGCACAUUAAAGAGGGACUCCACAGGACAAGUCAGGAAAAACAGCAAUUUGUUCACAGAUUCUGCACCUUUCAGUAUUCCCUUCGGACCACAUCUCAUCCCUGUGUGCUGUCAGCAAGAAACCAAGAAAGAUUUGGAGGUCAAACCUUCCACGAACUGUGAUGUCAAAUCUCAGGAGGCCUGCACCGUCAGCUCAGAUGCAGCACAGAGGACAUCCGCUGUCAGAUUGCAGCAGGACAAAUAUGAAUGUAGCGAUCAAUGUACAGCGCGUGACGGUGCAGUUUUGACCUCAAAGAUCUCUGUAGAGGAUUAUGAGGAGCCUAUGCACUCAACAAUAAGCACUAACGACCUGUUGGACUGCCUGCUGCAUCCUGAUAUCAUCACCCGUGUCACUGAGCUGUUACUGGAGCGGCACACAGGAAGUCGCAGCGCCAUGGCACGGUCCUAGCUUUAAUAUUCACUGUAAACAUUUCCUGUUUCCUUUUCCAGCAAACAGGGGAAAGCUACAAAGCUCUUUGUAUGACUGGUGAGGAUAUAGUGUUGCAGGAAUGAGUCCUAAAACCCAGAAAGGGGUCAGCAUUUUUGCAUUUGUGGUUCACUCAAUGGGUUUUUGUCAAUGGGAUUUGGUUAGAAACAAGAGCUGUGGUUAACACAAGCUUAAGAGAUUGUCACAAUGUCUUUAACCAAAUAAAAUACUUAAAUGAA